CCACACUCAAAAAAAGCUCACCUUUACCCCAUCCCUCAUUCCGCAUCCUUCAAACAUUUCUAGGGUUCCGUUUUUGCUCGCCGAUGGCCGAAGUCAUUAACACUCCGGUGGACUCCCUCGAUCGCGGUGUCGAUGGAAAGGACAACGACGACAACGACAACAAUAGCAAACCACCCCAGUCUUCCGACGAACCCAAUGCUUCUUCUCCGCCUCCCACUCAGGUGCAUCCUGUCAAGCGACGGGAGCGAGACUCGCGCGAACGUCGGGACCGAGACUACUACGAAGGCAACCGCUCUCCUCCUCCUCCCCCGCCUCCGAGAGAUAGGGAUUAUAAGCGAAGGAGUAGCGGCAGUCCUCCACCGCCUCUCCCGGGUUAUAGAGAUAGGAGGCGCUCGCCCCUGCCACGGAGGUCUCCGCCGUAUAAGCGUUCCAGGCGAGAGGAUGGAGGUUAUGAGGGGAGGAGAGGUAGCCCGAGAGGUGGAUUUGGGAUUGGUGAUAGAAGGUCCGAGAGAGUUUAGCUGGAGAUUGAUGUUCUGUUUGGCUACUAGGAUGAUGCAAGGGAUUAGAUGAAAUGUGGCUUUUGGGUUUUUUAGUUGUAUAGGACUUGUGAAUUCAAUGCAAGAAAUUUACUGAGCCGAG